ACAACUGCUGCUCCAACGACCACUACAACUCCAGAACCUAUUACGACAACCACUGCAGCUCCUGCUACAACAACUACAACUUCAGCUCCUACGACAACCACAACAACAGCACCUCCAACAACUGUAGCUCCCACGAUAACUGCAGCUCCUACAACAGCUUUAACAUCUACGACAACCACUGCAGCCCUAACAACAACAACUGCUGCUCCUAUGACCACUACAGCUCCAGAACCUAUUACGACAACCACUGCAGCUCCUGCUACAACAACUACAACUUCAGCUCCUACGACAACCACAACAACAGCACCUCCAACAACUCCCACAACAACUGCAGCUCCUACAACAGCUUUAGCAUCUAUGACAACCACUGCAGCCCUAACUACAACAACUGCAGCUCCUGCUACAACAACUACAACUUCAGCUCCUACGACAACCACAACAACAGCACCUCCAACAACUCCCACAACAACUGCAGCUCCUACAACAGCUUUAGCAUCUACGACAACCACUGCAGCCUUAACUACAACAACUGCUGCUCCUACGACCACUGUAACUCCACAACCUACUACGACAACCACUGCCUCUGCGACAACCACUGCAGCUCUAACUACAACAACUGCUGCUCCAACGACCACUACAACUCCAGAACCUAUUACGACAACCACUGCAGCUCCUGCUACAACAACUACAACUUCAGCUCCUACGACAACCACAACAACAGCACCUCCAACAACUGUAGCUCCCACGAUAACUGCAGCUCCUACAACAGCUUUAGCAUCUACGACAACCACUCAGCUGCCUCUGCGACAACCACUGCAGCUCUAA